CCUCCAUUUUCCUUUCUCCUUCGAUCUCUGUCUCUCUCUCUCCGCCUCUCUCUCUCGUUCCCAGCUGUUUCUCUCGAUGGAGCGCUUGUUCUCGCUGUGGUUCGACCCGCCCGUGCACUCCGCACUCCUCUUAUUCUCCGCCCUCGUCCUCGCCCUCCUCUCCCUCGCGCUCUACCUACUGAGAUCGCUACAGGCGCCGCUCUGCAGCUGCGACGUCUGCGCGAGCUACCUCUCCUCCAGCUGGUCGUCCGAGUUCCCCAACCUCUGCGACUGGUACACCCACCUCCUCCGGAGCUCUCCGACCGGCACCAUCCACGUCCACGUCCUGCGCAACACCAUCACUGCGAACCCGGUCAACGUCGAGCACAUCGUCCGGGCGCGGUUCGACAACUACCCCAAGGGCAAGCCCUUCAACGCCAUCCUGGGCGACCUCCUCGGCCGGGGCAUCUUCAACGCCGACGGGGAAUCGUGGCGGUUCCAGCGGAAGAUGGCGAGCCUCGAGCUCGGGAGCGUGUCGGUGCGCGCCUACGCGUUCGACAUCGUGAGGGGCGAGAUCGAGACCAGGCUCGUCCCUCUCCUGGCGUCGAGAAUGGGUUGUGGCAACGUGGAUUUGCAAGACGUGUUCCGGAGGUUCUCGUUCGACAGCAUUUGCAAGUUCUCGUUCGGGCUCGACCCGGGCUGUCUCCAGCUCUCCCUCCCCGUCUCGAGCUUCGCUCUGGCCUUCGACCUCGCGUCGAGGCUGUCGGCGGAGCGCGCGGCGCACGUGUCGCACGGGGUCUGGAAGGCCAAGCGCCUGCUCAACGUGGGGAGCGAGCGGAGGCUGAGGGACGCGAUCAAACUGGUCAACGCCCUCGCGGAGGAGGUGAUUAGGCAGAGGCGGAGGCUCGGGUCGUUCGCGACCCGCAACGACCUCCUGUCCCGGUUCAUGGGCACGGUGGACGACGACGUUUACCUCCGCGACAUUGUGAUCAGCUUCCUCCUGGCGGGCCGCGACACGGUCGCCUCGGCCCUGACCGGGUUCUUCUGGCUGCUGUCGCGGAACCCGGAGGUGGAAAGGUUGAUCCGGGGGGAAUCGGACCUGGUCAUGGGCAGCUCGGCCGGGGAUGUGCUGGCAAGCUUCGAGCAGAUGCAGCACAUGCACUACCUGCAUGCGGCUGUUCACGAGAGCAUGCGCCUGUUCCCGCCCGUGCAGUUCGAUUCCAAGUUCGCGUCGGCGGACGACAUGCUGCCGGAUGGGACGGCUGUCGGAGGCGGGACCCGGGUCACAUACCACCCAUAUGCCAUGGGCCGGAUGGAGCGGAUAUGGGGACCCGAUUGCCUCGAGUUUCGGCCCGAGAGGUGGCUGCAGGACGGAGUGUUCCGUCCGGAGAGCCUGUACAAGUUCCCGGUGUUCCAGGCCGGCCCUCGGGCAUGUUUGGGCAAGGAGAUGGCGGUGGUUGAGAUGAAGAGCGUGGCGCUCGCAUUGGUGCGGAGGUUCGACGUCCGGGUCGUGGGCACGGACCAACAAGCCCGGUUCUCUCCCGGUCUCACUGCCACCAUGAGCGGCGGCUUGCCGGUGAUUGUUCAGGAGAGGGGUGCCUCAGCAGGGUCGCCGCCGUGGGUCGUUGAAUAGUUGCAUCAACAAAAUAAAGCUGGUGGACUUGACAAAAGAAAAUACAAUUGGAAGUAGAUUAAGAAUAACAUAUAUUAGGUUAGUCUAACCAUUGUGGAACAUGAUUGCGAACGUGGGUAUAUAAAUUAAGUGGGUGUCUUAUCGUCAUGUUAAUUUAUUUUCUUUUCCA